AUGGAGGUGACAGCUGAUUCAACCGACAUCACUCCAUCGACCUACAACCGCUACCAAGAGCUAAGAGAAUUCGACGAGACAAAAUCGGGCGUGAAAGGCCUCUCUGAUUCCGGCCUCGCUAAAAUCCCGAGAAUCUUCGUCCGGCCAGCCGAAGAGAUCGCCCGUGACCGAUCCAAAUCUGGAGCGACCGAACUCCAAAUCCCUGUCAUCGACCUCAACAACCUCGCCACGAAUUGGCCGGGGGCAGUGGAGCAAGUCCUGGAGGCAGCGCGUGAGGUUGGCUUCUUCCAGGUGGUGAACCACGGGGUACCGGACAGCAUAUUGGAAGGGGCGUUUGGGGCGGCGCGUGCCUUCCACGAGCUGCCGAAGGAGGUGAAGGCCGAGUACUAUGAUCGGGAGGGCAAGAGGAGGGUGAAUUUCUGGUGUAAUUUUGACUUGUACAAGUCGACGUAUGCGCAAUGGAGGGACACUUUAUUCUGCCUCAUGGAACCCAAGCCGCUCGAUCCUGAAGACUUGCCUCCUGUUUGCAGGGACGCGAUAAUGGAAUACUCCAAGCAAGUGAAGGCGGUCGGUACCACUCUGCUCGAAUUGCUCUCGGAAGCGCUAGGCCUCAAGCCGGACUACCUUGGCAACAUGGACUGUGCUAAAGGGCAUGCUCUUCUCUAUCACUAUUACCCGGCUUGCCCCGAGCCCGAUCUGACCAUGGGCACUGCCAAUCAUUCAGAUCCCGACUUCCUCACGAUCCUUCUACAAGAUGAUAUCGGCGGGCUUCAAGUUUAUUACCAGGAUCAAUGGGUUGAUGUCCCUCCUGUCGCGGGCGCUCUAGUCGUCAACAUUGGAGAUCUCCUCCAGCUUAUGUCGAACGACGUUUUCAAAAGCGUCGAGCACCGAGUGCUGUCGAAAGAUGUCGGCCCGAGGCUAUCCAUCGCCUGCUUCUUCACUCUUUAUGAAGAUCCGGCGUCGAAGAUGUACGGGCCGAUAAAGGAGCUGGUGUUGGAAGAUAGGCCGGCUUUGUACCGCGAAAUUACACUCGGAGAGUUCAUGACGCACUAUUACUCGAAGGGGCUCGACGGCAUAUCGGCUCUUGCACCUUUCAGAUUGCCGAGCUAGACGAUGGAAUGCAAGAUUAGAUUGCUUCUGGAAUAUUAUGUAAUAACUCGGCGGAUGCAAGCACAAAAGUAAAUAUCUGCACGAUGGUUAGAGAACAUGCUGGUAAUUAGAAGCCCAACCUGCCUUGUAAGCCGUAAUUUGAAGCCAGGAUUUAGAGUCAAGAGGCUAAAGAACUUAUUAAUCAUUGUGAAAAUUGUACUAUUUACCUUGUCCUUUCAUCAAA